GCUGAUGCAGGCGGCGAGUCCCAAAGCAAUUCCAUUUCUACGCCCGUCGACGAUGGUUUACCAAAAUCCGCACUUUUAAUCCAAUCGAACAACAUUGAACAAAUAACAAAAACACGAGUACAAUAUUGCAAAUAACAAUGCAUUUGCCCCAAGGAGCAUUAAGCUUUCUGUUCAUCACUUGCAUGAUGUUCGCACUGGCAGGCGGCCAUCCAUCAAGCGACAAGCUAAAGAUCCGAAUACACGUGCCGGUGAAGCACCACACACAUGUGCACACGAAGACGGUCAUUAAGAAGGUUCCGCUGCCCAUUCCGGUGCCGGUCAAGGAGCACCACCACGAGCCGAAGAAGCACCACAGCAGCCGGAGCCACCACCACCACCACAACCACGAGGACGACCAGGACGACGAUUUCGAGGGCUACGAGUAUCCCAUCAAGGCCAAGCGGCGGCGCACGCGGCAUCCCUUUGUCUAAGCCCGGGUACAAACCACCCAGCCAACCACCCAACCAACCACCCAAACGCCCCCUCAGCGGGGGAAAUGAAAUCAAAUGAAAUACAAUUUACGCAGAUUAAGACGAAAAUAAACCAAAACACAAGGCAGCUGCAGUACGAUACGUAAGGGACGGCCAAGAAAAAAGAACACAGCAGAGGCAAACACAAUCCUGGGUCUGAUUUGUCAUUGUUUUUUAGUGUGUACGCGAAAUACGUAAAAUAAAACAAGAAUCCUUAGAAGUAAGAGAAACAUUCCAGUGCAAUAAAAUAAACAAAUAUUACAUUUAAGCA